AUGUAUACAACAGACAACAUCAACCACCAACACUACCAUACCCACGUUUACAACAGACAAUAUCAACCACCAACACUACCAUAUCCACGUUUACAACAGACAAUAUCAACCACCAAAACUACCAUACCCACGUUUACAACAGACAACAUCAACCACCAACAGUACCAUAUCCACGUUUACAACAGACAAUAUCAACCACCAACACUACCAUACCCACGUUUACAACAGACAACAUCAACCACCAACACUACCAUACCCACGUUUACAAAAGACAACAUCAACCACCAACACUACCAUAUCCACGUAUACAACAGACAACAUCAACCACCAACACUACCAUAUCCACGUAUACAACAGACAACAUCAACCACCAACACUUUCAUAUCCACUUAUACAACAGACAACAUCAACCACCAACACUACUAUGCUCAUGUCAACAACAUACCACACCAACCACCAACACUACCAUAUCCACGUAUACAACAGACAAUAUCAACCACCAACACUACCAUAUCCACGUAUACAACAGACAACAUGAACCACCAACACUACCAUAUCCACGUAUACAACAGACAACAUCAACCACCAACACUACCAUAUCCACGUAUACAACAGACAACAUCAACCACCAACACUACCAUACCCACUUAUACAACAGACAUCAACCACCAAUACUACCAUAUCCACGUAUACAACAGACAACAUCAACCACCGACACUACCAUACCCACUUAUACAACAGACAUCAACCACCAACACUACCAUAUCCACGUAUACAACAGACAACAUCAACCACCAACACUACCAUAUCCACGUAUACAACAGACAACAUCAACCACCAACACUACCAUACCCACUUAUACAACAGACAUCAACCACCAACACUAUCAUAUCCAUGUAUACAACAGACAACAUCAACCACCGACACUACCAUACCCACUUAUACAACAGACAUCAACCACCAAUACUACCAUAUCCACGUAUACAACAGACAACAUCAACCACCAACACUACCAUACCCACUUAUACAACAGACAACAUCAACCACCAACAGUACCAUAUCCAUGUAUACAACAGACAACAUCAACCACCGACACUACCAUACCCACUUAUACAACAGACAUCAACCACCAACACUACCAUAUCCACGUAUACAACAGACAACAUCAACCACCAACAGUACCAUACCUACGUAUACAACAGACAACAUCAACCACCAACAGUACCAUAUCCAUGUAUACAACAGACAACAUCAACCACCAACACUUCCAUACCCACGUUUACAACAGACAACAUCAACCACCAACACUACCAUACCCACUUAUACAACAGACAACAUCAAACACCAACACUACCAUAUCCACGUAUACAACAGACAACAUCAAUUACCAACACUACCAUAUCCACGUAUACAACAGACAACAUCAACCACCAACACUAUCAUAUCCACUUAAUUCAACAGACAACAUCAACCACCAACACUACCAUAUUCACUUAUACAACAGACAUCAACCACCAACACUACUAUACCCAUGUAUGCAACAGACAACAUCAACCACCAACACUACCAUACCCACGUUUACAACAGACAAUAUCAACCACCAACACUACCAUACCCACUUAUAAAACAGACAACAUCAAACACCAACACUACCAUAUCCACUUAUACAACAGACAUCAACAACCAACACUACCAUAUCCACGUAUACAACAGACAACAUCAACCACCAACACUACCAUACCCACGUAUAAAACAGACAACAUCAACCACCAACACUACCAUACCUACGUAUACAACAGACAACACCAACCACCAACAGUACCAUAUCAAUGUAUACAACAGACAACAUCAACCACCGACACUACCAUACCCACUUAUAAAACAGACAACAUCAACCACCAACACUACCAUACCUACGUAUACAACAGACAACACCAACCACCAACAGUACCAUAUCAAUGUAUACAACAGACAACACCAACCACCAACACUACCAUAUCCAUGUAUACAACAGACAACAUCAACCACCAACACUACCAUAUCCACGUAUACAACAGACAACAUCAACCACCAACACUACCAUAUCCACUUAAUACAACAGACAACACCAACCACCAACACUACCAUAUCCAUAUUUACAACAGACAACAUCAACCACCAACACUACCAUAUCCAUGUAUACAACAGACAACACCAACCACCAACACUACCAUAUCCACUUAUACAACAGACAUCAACAACCAACACUACCAUAUCCACGUAUACAACAGACAACAUCAACCACCAACACUACCAUACCCACGUAUAAAACAGACAACAUCAACCACCAACACUACCAUACCUACGUAUACAACAGACAACACCAACCACCAACAGUACCAUAUCAAUGUAUACAACAGACAACAUCAACCACCAACACUACCAUAUCCAUGUAUACAACAGACAACAUCAACCACCAACACUACCAUAUCCACGUAUACAACAGACAACAUCAACCACCAACACUACCAUAUCCACUUAAUACAACAGACAACACCAACCACCAACACUACCAUAUCCAUGUAUACAACAGACAACAUCAACCACCAACACUACCAUAUCCACUUAAUACAACAGACAACACCAACCACCAACACUACCAUAUCCACUUAA